AUGAGUCGGUCAAACAUUGAGAUGAUGAAAUUAAGUGAAAAUUUGGUCUCAAACAAGACAACACUGAAAUUUGAUUUGGAUAACAACGAAUUAAUUAAAGUGGACAAAGAAACAAGAGAUUUGGUAUGUGUUGGAAACAAUUCUAAAAACAACUUGAAGGUACAAUUCAGUGUGAUGAAUGGGUGCGAUUACUAUGAAAUAAGAACAGUACCUUCCAUCGUGUCUCUCAAGCCUGGAUAUGCUUGCGAAUUUGAAAUAUUUAUCAAGCCGUUGUGUACUUGUUCUACAAAGGAGGAUGUGAUGAUUACUUCAUUGAAUCUAACGACAGGAACAAUUGAAAACGCAAAAAUACAAAUUGAAAUGGAGACCGAACAAACAACUAAAUUGAAUUACAGAGAACUUGAAGAAGAUGAGAAACUUGGUGAAGUUGCCAUUAAAAAGAUGAAACAACUUAUUGACAAUGAAAGUGGACUUGAAGAAUUUACAAAGGAAGUUUCUAUGUUAGACAAAUUCCGGAGUGAUUAUAUCAUCUAUUUUUAUGGUGCGGUAUUCAUACCCAGUAAGGUGUGUAUGGCCACUGAAUUUGCAGCUUUUGGGUCACUUCAAGACGUGAUCAAACACAAGAAGAGUGAUGAAGUAGUUAUGAAGUUGCGAAUCAAAUUUUUACUUGAUGGCGCAAAAGGUAUUCAGUAUUUACAUGAAAAUGGUAUUUUACAUAGAGACAUCAAACCAGACAACUUGCUUGUGUUAUCACUUGAAACAAACGAAAAAGCAAAUGCAAAAUUGACUGAUUUUGGAUCUUCGAGAAAUGUGAAUAUGCUGCAAACGAAUAUGGCAUUCACUUAA